UGGAAAUCGAACGUGGGCGUGGCUCACUCGGGGCGCCCGCGAACGGCGUUUCUAUGGCAACGCGAGGACCUACGUGUUGGGCGUUGCUGUUUCCAAUGGGGAAGGGGGACGUGUGACCGCCGCUUCCUCGUUGCCGUGGUGACGCCGGUGUCCAUAAUCCGGAAAGAAAACACGCCAGAAUCGGAAAUGGUCUGUAGCCGGAAGUAAGGAGGCAGACGCGGCUGGAGAAUGGAGCGGGUUCCUGUGGCUACCUGCCUUACCGUGCUGCUUUCUUUCCUGGUUUCCUGGCCGGGCCUGUUUCAAUGGGGCGCGGAGGUGGCGCCCGAAGACUCCGCCUUUUCGCUACGGCCUGAGGCCGUGCGGCAGUGGCAAGUCCAUAGGCUGGUGACAUACAUCUUUGUGUAUGAGGAUGUGAUCUCUUUGGUGUGUGGUGCUGUCAUCGUCUGGUACUUUGCCGGUGGCUUUGAGAAGAACAUGGGCACCGUGAAGCACUGCUUCUGCACUGUGACAUUCGCCUUUUCCUCAGCCCUAUUGUACCUUGUGCUUCGGGCCAUUGUGUCUGGACUGCUGGAGAUGGAGGAUGCCAAAGGGUUCAUGCCUGUGGCUUUUGCUAUGCUCGGUGUCUCCAUCACCCGCUCCCGAAUGAAAAGGACAGUGCUAUUUGGAGUCUACUUCCCUAUGUUACUUGUGCCAUGGAUGUUGCUUUGUGUGGCAUGCCUGAUUCCACAUACCUCUUUCCUGGGGAAUAUCUGUGGCCUCUUAAUUGGGGAAGUCUACGGUUGCGGCUACUGUUUUGGCUUGGAUCUCCCAGAAUGGGCAGUCUCUCGGCUAGAUCAGAAGUUCCCUUUCCGACUGCUGAAGAGAAUAAAAGGACUGAAGUAUGUCCCAGGGUCUCUGGCAGAAAGAAGAGCCUCUCAGAGUAGGAAGCUAAAUCCAGUGCCAGGGUCUUAUCCCACUCAGACCUGCCACAGCUCUCCUCCUGCCUUGCCUGUCGUUCAGAUGCACCCCGGUGCUCACGCCUUAGGAUCCUGGCCACAGCACCCACUGAUUCACCCGCAUGCUCCUGUGCCAAAUCCAGCUGCUGGUGCCUUUGGAGAGCUGUACAUCCAGAACCACUUCCAUGCUCCCCCAGGAUCCUCUGCCGCUGCCGCCUUUUCUCAACAUCUGGGGGCACCUGACAUGCCCAAAAGGACAGAUCAUACGGCAGCUGGAAUCCACCAAGCGGCUGCAUUUCCCACAACAGGAGCAGCUUCAGGAUCAGCAGACCUCUGUCGGAUUCAUGUGGGCUGACUCUGCAGGAGGCAUCGGGAUUUAUUUUUUUCACAGCUUCCCAUGACUUCCAGCACGAGGUGCCUUGCUGAGUUUGG